CCAUUUUUUUGAGAAAUUUUGCAAAAAAAAUUAAAUUGAUUUAUUUUAAUGCCAAUUGGUUCAAAUAAGUUUCUUUUCACUUAAAUAAUGCUUUAAACAAAAAAAAGAGUACAAAAUAAUAAAAAAUUUAAAAAAUUCUAAAUUCUUGAAAAUUUCCUAAGGCUAUAGCCUUAGCUUGUUUUUUUUGGUAAAUUUAGCAAAAUUUUAUAAAUUGAUUUAUUUUAAUGCAAACGCGACAAUUGCUAAGCAUUUAGUGACGGAGUAAGCUUAAUUGGUUAGUGAUUAAGAUUAGUUACUUAGGAAACUUAAAUUGCGAGAAUAAUUUCGAUUAUUAAACAAGUAUUUGAAGAUCAUCUACUAUUGGCUGUUAGUAUCAUAUACCAUUAAAGGUGCUAGGGCGAUCGAUAGAGCAAACAGGAGGAUUGAUGUGCAUCAUCUCUUUCCCAUUCGUUAAGCCAUUACAAUGUGUACCGUAGUUAUAUAGAAAUUGAAUUUGUUGAAAUGAAAAUAUAUAAUAAUAACAAUAAUAAUAAAUUGUAAUGAUAAUGUCUUACUAAAUGUUUAGAUGUACACGACCUCGCACAUUAUCUAAAUGGAUCAUGGUUUUAUGUAAUUUUACCUAGCUCUCUAAGCAUUGUGAUGUUUUAUGAAAAUAUGACACUUUGUACAUAUAUGAUAGCCUUUGUCAACAGAAAGAAAAUGAGUAAGGAUCCUUUCUGAACGUUAGAAGACCGGUUGGCGAUCCGGUACCAACUAUACGAACCGGCAAGGAUUUUAAUAUUGAUAACUCUUUUAUGUCUGAUAUGAAGCUAUCGUUUGUUUGUGUGACGUCCUGUAGCUUUCUGGACGUCAGGUUUGUACUGAAGGUAGCAUGAAUGGCUAAAAACUCUUUGCUAAAGCUUCUGGAUACCACUAGAGGGUAUCCUCUUAACAGUUAUGUGCAGUGUCUGGUAGGUUUAUAGUCGCUGAAAUAACCCAUUUAUCUUAGAAUCCGUCUCUCCCACAUUCUGCUUGACCUUUGAUAUGCAUCGAUGCAUGCAUGCCAGAGUGCCCAGUAUGGACAGAACGGAAAAGGGAGUUGAGUAGGAGAAAGUGCUUCUCUUUUUUUCGAAACUCUACCCAAUAUUGCCCAUAUAUCAGUGUAAAUGUUUUUGUAUGAAAAACACUUGAACUUUCAAACUUGUAUCUCACACUAGGAAUGGGCUCGGAUGGGCGGACACAAUACAAAGGGAAUAUGCAUUUACAUGAUGCCUAAUCGUUGUCCAGCAUUGGUACAGUUUUGCGAAACGUUGAUACCGACGUGCGUGCAGGACACAUCCAAUUUGAAAUAUUAUGCAAUGACCAGAUCAUAAAAAUUUCAUCAUGUCGCAUGCAGGAAUAAAUGAUACGGCGCCAGACCGAAGCGUAUCGACGAACCCACGCCAGAAGGACGCAUAUUGUGUGAGAGACUUUCAAUGAAACGUACAUCCCAUGCUUGCGUUGAGUGUACCAAGGAUAUUGUCCUACAAUGGCUAGCAGAGUCACUCCUACACACUGCGCCCGGAUAUAAUGUAUGAUAAAAUAUAACAAUUUUAAGUAUUGUUUUUUAUUAUUUAAUUUAAUAAUAGCUAAGAGUGAAGCGAUUCUUUCACUGCGGAUUACUUUAUUGUCUUUUGUGUUCACGAGAGUCACGAAACGAUGAACCAAUAUUAACCACCAAUAAAAGAAUUGUAUCGUACUCGCACAUAAUAGUUGCACAUCCAGCACAAUAUCGCUAUUAAAUGGUUUUGAUAUACGCCAAACGGCCAACACCAUUACAAGGCUUAUUGUUAUCGUCCGAUACUCAAAUCAGCCCAAGAACGGCAUAUUGUUGCUCGCUGCUCUUACGCUGUUGUGCUGCGGGCAUCAUCUAUCAUAAUUUGAUGUAAUCUUAUUGCUUCCCAAAAUUGGGCAGUUAACAUCCCAAAUCAUUUACUAUUUCGAUAUUUCAAUCUCGCGCUCGUGCGUCCGUCCUUUAUGAAGAUGUCCUUUCCUCCCCGUUUUUUUGGGGGCCAGACUCGUUGUCUGAGAUGUAGUCCUAACCAUGGGAUGGAAAUUUAUUUCCAUCCUAAAUUGUUUAUGAGCGGGACACAGUGACACCAGCAAGCAAAAUAUACAUAUUACGGCUAAUAUGUAUAUAGAAAUGACGCCACAGCGUCAGCGUGAGCUUAGGAGAUUAGCAUCGGAUUAUGCUGGACGCUCGAAAGACAAACCACCAGUGACCGACCACUGCCGCCCGGAUACAUAAUGCCGGAAAGUUGGGCAAGUGGCAUCCUUCGUCUGUGGCGGGUCUUGAAACAAAGCGACUUUUCAAACGCGGACAGUGAAUAUGUGUCUGAUAUUCAAUCGUUUACAGAUCUCCUUCAAUUAUUCGCUCUUCCUUUCGUUCUGCUCCGGCACUAUUUGGCUGGUGGCUAUUGAAGUGUGUUCCACAGUGUAGUAUGUAUUCCGUUUCUGUAUGAUGUAUGUUUGCUCCAUUGGAAGUUACUAGUGAGUUCCAUCUAGCGCUCCCGAGCAUAGCGCUGCUAGAAAUUGGCACUCAUCUGCGCAUCUGCGCUCCAACAAUCGAACUAAAACAAAAAAAACCCCUUGCGAUCCCGAUGGCAAGUUCGUUCGAGAUGACACAAAAAGGCACACAGAACGGUUCCGCUUCGAACCCGAUAGUUAACGGCGCGAUUCCAGUGCUCUCGGUGUGCUGGAUCCAACAAACCCGAACGGAUGUAUCCUCAGUUCGGUGGAGACAGUGUUCGAGUGCUAACGCGUAUGUGUUCAACGCAUUGUUCAACGGUUUCCUCUUUUAUAUACCCUCGAGAGUCUAGCAGUUGCAGCGCGAUGGCGCAUAAUAAAUUGUGAUCUGGUUCCUGGACCAAUGGUUCGACGGGCUUCGAGAAUGUGCAUUUGUUGUUCUUGACUGCAUUCUUGAUGCAAUUGUUCUCAGUGUCCAACAAGUGCCAGAAUGUGAUUAACGGAGUUCAAGUUUACAUAAAGUGUAAAUCACCAAAAUGCAGCAAAAGAUAAAUUUAUGUGUUAACCUGCACCAAUAGUAGUGCACCUCACCUGGUUUAAUUGAUUAAACGAAGCAGAAGCAAACAAGAGACCGAAUAGUGAAAUAUUAAAAAAAACGAAGCAUAUGUUGAUUGUUAAGCAAAAUGAUAUUAUAAAUGUUUCCCUAUUUUGCGCAAAUUUAGCUGCAAUCAAAAAGAAAAAAAGCUCCCAACAUAUUUAGACCAAUGCACCUAAACUGGCUGGCACAACUUUAAGAUGCAGUGAAAGUAUGGAAAAGACUGCUCUCCAAACUGGCCCGUGUACAGCAGCAGAAUGGAGAAAAUAACAAAUCAUAACUCCUUAGAGCUAUUGCGCGAUGAUCAGUACGUGUCGAAUAUGAUCGAUCCAGGAAAUGGGCGACCUUCGAUUAUUCCACUAAACACCCCAGAUGUGGUACGGGGCUACUACUAUUACAACGAAACGGUUUUAAAAAGCAACGAUGAUACCGCACAGGGCAACAUUAGUUCCAUCUACGAUACGCAGGUGAACGAGUACGGCAAUGAGACCGCGUACAGCUACUACAACUGUGCUGCAUUUGAGGGCAACACAUCGUACUUGAAUGUGUCGUGUGAAACCAUUCUUAACUACAGCCUGCCAUUGUACGGAUACUGCAUACCGGUGCUGCUGCUCGUCACGCUAGCCGCAAAUUCGUUGAUAAUCAUAAUUCUUAAAAAACGAACCAUGGCUUCACCGACAAACUUUAUUCUUAUGGCGAUGGCUGUGUGCGACAUGUUUACGCUGCUUUUUCCUGCCCCUGGUCUAAUGUACAUGUACACAUUUGGCAAUCACUACAAGCCACUAUCGCCCGUACUAGCCUGUUAUGUGUGGAAUGCGUUGAACGAAAUUCUUCCCGCUAUGUGCCACACAGCAUCAGUAUGGCUUACAUUAGCCUUAGCUGUACAGAGAUACAUAUACGUUUGCCAUGCACCCGCUGCCCGAACCUGGUGCACCAUUGCAAGAGUCAAGAAGUGUAUCGCGUACAUAUGUGUUGCCGCAUUAUUACAUCAAAGCAGUAGAUUUUUCGACAAGUCCUAUACGCUCGUCACCAUAGAGUGGAAUGGGCAGCCAACGAACGUAUGUCACGUGGAAACGGCCAACUGGAUACACGAAUAUACUAGCGAAGACUUCUACUAUACAUUUUAUUUUUCCUUCCGAAUACUGUUCGUUCAUCUGAUACCGUGCGCCAGCCUGGUAGCUCUAAACGUGUUGCUGUUUAGGGCAAUGAAACAGGCGCAACAGAAAAGGGAACGAUUGUUUAAGGAUAACAAAAAGCGCGAAAGUAAACGGGUACGCGAUUCGAACUGCACCACACUCAUGCUGAUCGUUGUGGUAACUGUAUUCUUAAUUGUCGAAAUACCAUUAGGCGUUAUCACUGCACUGCACAUUAUUUCAUCGCUGUUGUUCGAAUUUUUAGAUUACUACAUAGCGAAUCUGUUUAUAUUAUUUGCCAACUUUUUCCUCAUAGUAAGCUAUCCGAUUAAUUUUGCCAUCUAUUGCGGUAUGUCGCGGCAGUUUCGCGAAACCUUCAAAGAACUUUUCUGUAAGUCCGGUUCACAGAUGAACGUGAAGAAAGAAUGUGGCUCGUCGAAAUAUUCACUGGUUAAUGGGCCGAGAACGUUUACAAACGAAACGGUUAUUUAACCAAGUGCAUUACAUCGUUAAGGUACAGUAGUAACAAGACAGAAACACCCUUUUAGAAGAAUGUUUUUACGCGAGAAAUAUCAAAAUUUAUACUGGUAUAUAUGCUCAAAUGAAGUAUUCGAACCAAUGUACCAGAUGUAAAUACAGAAAGGAUUCACGUAGAACAAGAAAAUGUGCACACAUUCAUCUAAUUUUAAGUUGUUCUUUGUUGUCAUUCGAAUGUUUCUGUUUCAAUAAAUAUGUUUUAGUAUCUUUUAUCAUAAUUUGUAA